UGGAAAUAAAAGCUAUUAGGACCAAGACAUCUGCGAGAAGAACAUGUAUGUGAUGUUCUCUCUCAUCCACAAGGUCUUAGAAAAAGCCGGAGCUACUGUAGUUAUAAGGUAUAUCAUUGGUGUGAUGGCCUUACAGAACCUUGAGUCAGAAAUGACAUUUUGGAGAAAAGUUUGUAUGAUCGUAAUUCAAAAGUUUGCCGGCAUGAGAUGACAUUGUCGGAGGCCUUGGUAAUUCCCAGAGAUUGGAGGACAAAUGUCAUGUUGAAACAUUGUUUCUACCUCGAAGAAGAACUCAACGAAUUUUUCCAGAUUUGCUUUGAAGAGACUCCGGGACCUCAAUAGUGAACCUGUGGCUCGUCGUCUCUGCUGACAAAAAUCCUCCUCCUGGACCUGAAAAUUCAGGAUUGCAUCCAUCUUUACCGGUAGCCUCGUUCUGGUGAUCUUGGUAAUAUGAGACCACCUUUCAGAUCCCCAGCUUGAGAAGAACACUUCCACGUCAUCAUCUUGAUGUUGGAAAUCCAACUUGCACUUGCAAACACUGACUCAGGAAGACCCUUCCAACUUCCAUCUUCCAAUACCAAAUAUGGCAGACCCAGUAGGCUGUGAAAAUCCACAAAAUGAUUCAUCGAAUACAAGUCUAGAUCAUGGAAGAAGUGGAAACGUCCUCCUCACUCAAGAGCUUUCCAAAGCCUUCGGAUAGUCUCGAGCUUCGCUACGGAGGUACUAACACAUCAAAACAAACACAUCUCGUCGGAUAAUACCACCAUCUUCAAGUACUGAAGCGAAGGAAACAAGAUUGUGGGGAAUUUUGUGCCAAAACUCGAAACAUCCGAUGUCAACAUGUUAUUUUCAGAGUGUGAGAAGGUGCGUGUUUCAUGUCCGUGGAGUCGUGGAAACAAGGGUCUACCCCGAAUAGUAGAACCGGGUUGCUCAGACAAGGCGGGAAGGCGUAGAUCCUCAUUGACGCUGCCGAGAAAGUGGUGUGUUGAGGAUAAAGUGAAUCUCAGGAGUGGGACUGCAUCGAGAAGGAUUAGAGUUGGUACCUGAAUUGAGAGUUGCGUACCGUAGCUUUCGGAUUGUGUCUUAGAGAAAGCUUCGCAGAAAGUGGGAUGGUGGCGGAGGGGUAUCUGUCCUCGUACACUGGAACCGUACGUACCACCGUUUUUGAAUAUUUUGGACAGAAAUGUGGAGAAGAAGAGAUCUAGAUUGUUGGAAUCUGACCGGAGCUUUCUUCGUACAGUACAAUAUUGUCUCCAGUAGUAUCGUUGCCGCUGGCCCCAAUCAGUUCACUUCUACAAAGCCGUUCCGAGCCAGCAAGUCGUAAGUUUCGACGACGCUGAUACACGAAACACGCAGCCCGCUCGGUGGGAUUUUAAUGCUGCUUCCAACGUUGCAACAUUUGCUCCAGGGAACAAUGCUAGUGUAGAAGCUUUCAUCGGCCAUGGACUGGUGAGCUUUGAGUUACUUCGUAAGAGAGCGCACCGCGGAGUGCCUUGGUCUCCUUGUUUUCUCCUGGGGUAACAGAUAAUGGAUUGGUGGGCCAGUGGGCAGAUGGAUGCAUGAAUGGAGCGAGAAGCAAUGUUGGUGUCCAGGUCUAGAAUGCUGAUUGCCGAGUAGCAAGAGCAAGGAAGAAGCCAAAGGACCGACUUCUUAGAUUUCCUAGAGUUGGACCUGUUGCGGAAGCGGUUUGAUUCGUGGCUUUUUUGGAAUUGCUCUGCCAAUUGUAACUCUCCAGCUACAGUAUCAUACUUCGUAGCAGUUCCAAGUGAAAUGUUUGAGCAGGUCUGGCUGCGGCGUCGGAUGAUUCGUGCAGUUGUGCUCGUCUAACCUGCCCUGAGCCUGGUAGCGCUCUAGGUGCAUUGAAUGAAACUCAGUCCUCCGCCUCGAUUUGGAUCCAACAGAGCUGGGCUGGGACCUUCUCUGCAUUCCACACCUUCGGAAACAGGAAGCUGGUUACUUAUUGCGAGCGCUUAUCCGCGUUCGAAGGUCCUUUUCUUUGUUCUUUGUUAUCGACAAUCUACUAUCUACAGUAUUUUCUACCCCGCCAACAACCACACAAAAACAUCUUCGACACUCAUAUAAAAAAGCUGCUAGCUCGGCGCUACCUCAUACACACCUCUAGAGAUAUAUAUUUACGCUCGCCAAAAUGACUUGCUACUGCGCAAACUAUUAUGUAUGUCCCUCAAGUGAGAAACGUUUGUUUAUACCACAUUUCUAAUCGUUGGUUAGGGCUCGAUAAACUGCCACAACACUGUCUCGAAGUUUGGUGAUAGAUGCGCUCACUGCCUGGUAUGUUCCGCAUCAAAUCUGUUGCCAAUUCAACGAAGCCCAAAUACUGAUUAAAACAGUCCACACAAGGAGGCUCCAAUUCAUAUUCUUACUCAAAUGGAACCUCGCAAGGACCAACAGAGCAUUGGGUCGAAAAGGUCAACCAAGAGAAAAUGAGACGAGAUGAAGAGCGAUCAAGACGAGAGAGGUUGAUCAGGACAACGUCGGGGGGAAUCUCGUGAUAUUACGAUGACAUGAAAAUGGAAGAUUCGUAGGUGAGAGUAGCUGGAUGGGGAAAUUUUGAAUUCAGGAAAAAAAAGGCGUCUUGGGAAGGAAAGUGGCACAGGAAUACCAGAUUGGGAAAACCCCCAGAAGAUCUAUACAUUUAUAGAAAAACAUAGGCCGGACGAGACACUCCAAAAAUAUGGCUGGGCCAUCAACAUAAUUUGAAAAAGUAUAAACAGCUGCGUUGUCGUUGUCAAAUUUUGAUGGAAUGCCGCAUGACGUUUCCUCCCAGUGGACAACACCGGAGCUUGUCAAUCAUAACUCGUAACAAUAUGCCAAUCUAUAUCCCAUGUCCUCACCACAAUUUUGAUACACCUUUCCCCACACCUUUCCAAUAACGCCAGAACUACCGUUCCUGUACCCAACCCAUCAUCAUAAGUCCGUGAUAUCCCUCAAUUCUUAUACAAAGUCUUCGCGCGGUCACCAUUUU